AUGACAGACAACAGCUCCCAGAUCCCCUCCAUAAUGACCGCCUGGCUCUGGUCCAGCACAAGCGGCGGUCUCCAGAACAACCUACACAAAUCCGACACAGCCCACCGCCCCGGCCAGACCCUACGCCCCCAUCAAUGCCUCAUCAAAAUCCUGUCUAGCUCUCUAAACCCAGCAGACUACAAAGUCCCCGAAGACACGCCCAGCCUGCUCUGGAAAUGUGUAGUCUCCAUGCCGGCAUCGCCCGGAAUGGACUUCAGUGGCCAAGUCGUCGCCACUGGCGCAAAGGUGACCAAUGUGAGGAUUGGGCAGCGCGUGUUUGGAUCGCUGCCAUUACCGCGUCAGUUUGGUGCGUUGGCGGAAUAUUCGGUUGCUGACGCCGGGCUUGUGGUGCCUGUGCCCGAAGGUGUAAGUGCUGAUGAUGCUGCGACGGUGGGUAUUGCGGGCCAAACUGCCUUGCAGGUUAUCAAGGGAAAAGUACAGGCCGGGGAUCAUGUUUUUAUCAAUGGUGGUUCGGGGGGUGUGGGCACAUUUGCGAUUCAGAUCGCUAAGGCGUACGGAUGUCACGUAACAGCCACAUGUUCCACGCGAAAUGUCGACUUGCUCAAAAGUAUCGGCGCCGAUGAAGUCAUCGAUUACACUGCCGUCGACGUGGUCGACUACCUUCGCAAACAGGGACCUUUAUUCAGUCUAACGCUAGACAUGAUUGGGAAACCCGAUAACAUGUAUCGCGAAAGCCACAAUUUCCUACUCCCCGGCAAACCAUACUUACAAGUAGGGAACGAAUCGCAUUUCUCGACUGCGGGACGCCUGAUCACACCACGCAUACUCGGCGGUGGACAGCGGCCAUAUCAACUUGUUUUCUUCAAGAACCGAUACGAGGAUCUGAAGGAGAUUGCGGACAUGAUGCAAGAUGGCAAAGUGAAGCCUGUCAUAGAUACAGUGUUUGAGUUUGACGAUGCCGUCAAGGCAUUUGAGAGGUUGAGGACGAAUAGGGCUAGGGGGAAGGUUGUUGUUAGGGUUGCUCCAGUUUCCUAG